AUAAUCAAAUGGGAAUAUAAUAUUACCCGCUUCUGAUAAACAAAUUCAAAAUGGGGGUUUUGGUUUUGAAACUGAUUUUAUUAACAUACUCACUUGUGAAUGGAGCAUUGUUCGUUUGCUCCAUGCAUUUGAGAAUGGGAGGCAACGAGACCGAUAGGCUUGCACUGCUAGCCAUCAAAGCUCAAAUAAAGCAAGAUCCUCAUAAUGUAACGAGCUCCUGGAAUGAAUCCAUUCACUUUUGCUUCUGGCACGGUGUCACCUGCAGUCGACGACACCAACAAAGGGUCACAAGGCUAGACCUCCAAUCUCAAAAGCUGGCAGGGUCCCUAUCCCCACACAUAGGAAAUCUAAGUUUCCUAAGGGCUCUAAGACUCCAAAACAACAGCUUCAGCAAUAAAAUCCCUCCAGAAAUUGGGAAUUUGCGUAGAUUGCAGGUACUAUAUCUACACAACAACUCAUUUAGUGGCCCUAUUCCAUACAACAUAUCAUAUUGCUCCAACCUCAUCUUCAUGAUUUCGGUUUCAACGGGUUGGUGGGUAAAAUUCCAUCUGAAUUUGGCUCUUUGUCGAAGCUUCGAAUUUGUUGUACAAGCUAAUAAUUUAACAGGAGAGAUCCCUCCUUCCUUGGGAAACCUUUCGUCUCUCGAGGUACUUGCUGCAACUCAAAAUAGCUUGGUGGGAAGCAUCCCUACUUCUCUGGGCCAAUUGAAAAACUUAACAAUUUUGUCAUUGGGCUCAAACAACUUAUCUGGUACCAUUCCUCCCUCCAUCUAUAACCUCUCUGCUCUUGGUGUCUUUAGCGUAGGAAGUCAGAUGCCGGAUUUCCGAAAUCUUCAAGACCUAGAGAUAUUCUUCAUUCAACGGAAUCAUCUCGGAAGCGGUACAGAUGGUGACUUGAGUUUCGUUUCGGACUUGACCAAUGCCACAGAGUUAAUACAGUUGUUGGUGGGUGAAAACAAUUUUGGAGGGACGUUGCCCACAUCAAUAUCCAAUCUUUCAACCAAGCUUGAAAAGUUUUGGGUUUUCAGAAACCAACUACAUGGAAGUAUCCCAACAGAAUUAGGGAAUUUGAUCAACUUGGAGUCGUUAGUUAUGACGGAAAAUAGCUUGACGGGAAGCAUUCCGUCCUCUUUAGGAAAUUUAACCAAGUUAUACAGACUCUUCUUACAAGGAAAUAAUCUUGAAGGCGUCAUCCCUUCAAGCUUGGGAGAUUGCCAACAGCUGAUAGAAUUGGAUUUAUCUAAUAAUAAACUUAGUGGCGCAAUACCUCAACAAGUUAUCGGCCUCCCGUCCUUAUCAGUGCUUUUGAACUUGUCGAUGAACAACCUUACGGGUUCUCUUCCGAUGGAGGUUGGAAAGUUGAAGAGUCUAGGUGUACUGGACGUUUCUAAUAACAUGUUAUCCGGAGAACUUCCUAGUAGCCUUGGUUCAUGUGAGAGUAUAGAAGUUUUGUACUUGCAAGGCAACUUCUUCAAGGGGCCUAUUCCCUCAUCUAUGAUUGGGUUGAAAGCCAUAGGAGAAUUAGACCUUUCUCGCAACAAUUUGUCGGGUGAAAUUCCAAAAUUCUUAGGGGGCUUUGUCUUCUUGAAGAAACUAGACCUAUCAUUCAAUGAAUUUUGGGGAGCGGUACCAACUGGAGGAGGUGCUUUUAAAAAUGCAAGUGCGAUUUCAAUUACUGGCAACACCAAGCUCUGUGGAGGUAUUGCUGAUCUGCAACUGCCCAAGUGCAAGUCCAGAAAAGGAGGAUUAUCUCGUAGCUUGAAAUUAAUAAUCCCGUUAGUACUUUGCGGAGUUGCUCUUCUUGGAAUAGUUAUGGUGAUGUCCUAUUUCUUCCUCUGUUCGUCAAGAAGGAAAAGGAAAGAGAUUCCGUUGAGCACAUUGGCGAACCAUUUUUUGCAAGUGUCAUAUGCUACUCUUCUAAGAGCUACUGACGAGUUCUCUUCGGCUAAUUUGAUUGGGGCAGGCAGUUUUGGGUCUGUGUACAAAGGAAUUCUUGAUGAUAAUGAUAAACAUCAACUUGUUGCUGUGAAGGUGUUCAACUUGUUACGCCAUGGAGCAUCGAAGAGUUUCAUGGCCGAAUGUGAGGCUUUAAGAAACAUCAAGCAUCGAAAUCUUGUCGAGAUUAUAACUGCGUGUUCAAGUGUUGACUUUCAUGGUAAUGACUUCAAGGCUCUGGUUUACAAGUACCUGGACAGAGGAAGCUUAGAGAAGUGGCUGCAUCCUCCUACUGAAAUUGAAGAGGUAAGAGAGGGACCCAAGAGUUUAAAUCUAGAUCAAAGGCUAGAGAUUGCCAUUGAUGUUGCUUGUGCAUUGGAUUAUCUUCAUAAUCAUUGCGAAACACCGAUAGUUCAUUGUGAUCUCAAGCCAAGCAAUGUUCUUUUGGACAACGAGAUGACUGGACAUGUUUCUGACUUCGGACUCGCAAGAUUUCUCUCCCAAGAAACUGGUAUUAAUGUUUCCAACAAUCACACAAGUUCCAUUGGAAUAAAAGGAACGGUUGGUUAUGCUGCUCCAGAGUACGGUAUGGGAAGCGAGGUGUCAACAAAUGGAGAUGUCUACAGCUUUGGUAUUCUUCUGUUAGAGAUGUUCGCAGGAAAGCGACCCACCGAUGACAUGUUUAAUGGGGACCUAAACCUUCAUACUUAUGUUAAAAUGGCUUUCCCUAAUCGAGUUAUGGAGAUUGUAGAUUCAACACUUUUUGAAGGAGGCACCAACGAGAGAAGGGUUCAAAAGAUUGAGGUGUGCUUGAAUUCAAUAUUUAGAAUUGGAAUUGAAUGCUCUGCUGAAUCUCCAACGGACCGUCUGAAGAAUAUCAGUGAUUCUGCAUCUGAGCUGCAUUCCAUUAGAGACGUUCUUCUUGGAUAG